GAGGCUCUAUAUUGUGACGGGGAUUAAUACAGCACGUAGCUGUGGGAGGAGUUGGGUGGUGCGCACCGCGCCUGCGCCGCGCCAGCUCCUUUUUUCCCAUUUUAUUUUUUUUGUUUGAGACAAAAUGGCGACGAGCGAGGGGAUUCUGAUCGGAGACAAGGUUUACUCGGCUGUCUUCCUCACCAUCGAUAACUCCCUCAUCCCCGAGGAGAAGCUCUCACCCACCCCGUCCAUGCAGGAUGGCCUGGACCUGGAGGUGGAGACCGACUUGCGGAUCCUGGGCUGUGAAUUAAUUCAGUCGGCCGGAAUCUUGCUGCGCUUACCGCAGGUGGCCAUGGCUACGGCCCAGGUCCUGUUCCAGCGCUUCUUCUUCUCCAAGUCCUUCGUCAAGCACAGUUUCGAGAUUGUUGCAAUGGCUUGUAUCAAUCUUGCAUCAAAAAUUGAAGAAGCACCUCGUCGUGUGAGAGAUGUGAUAAAUGUAUUCCACCAUUUGCGCCAGCUAAGAGGCAAAAGGACCCCAACACCACUGAUACUUGAUCAAAACUACAUUAAUACCAAAAACCAAGUGAUCAAAGCAGAAAGACGAGUAUUGAAGGAAUUGGGAUUUUGCGUUCAUGUAAAGCAUCCACACAAGAUAAUUUUUAUGUAUCUUCAAGUGCUCGACUGUGAACGAAAUCAAACACUUGUCCAAACAGCCUGGAAUUACAUGAAUGACAGCCUUCGCACAAGUGUAUUUGUCCGGUUUAAGCCAGAAACUAUAGCCUGUGCUUGCAUCUACCUUGCGGCUAGAGCUUUACAAAUUGUUUUACCAAAUCGCCCUCAUUGGUUUGUCCUUUUUGGCGCAAAAGAGGAGGAAAUCCAGGAUAUCUGCAUCACCACUUUGAAACUUUAUACUCGAAAGAAGCCCAACUAUGAGCAUGUGGAGAAAGAAGUAGAAAAGAGGAAAGUUGCAUUACAAGAAGCUAAAUUGAAAGCUAAAGGAUUGAACCCUGAUGGAACUCCUGCUCUUUCCACUUUGGGAGGCUUCUCUCCGGGUUCUAAACCAUGCUCUCCCAGAGAAGCUAAAACAGAAGACAAGACUCCUGGAAUUCAGAACCCUAAAGCUAUCAAAAAGGAACCAGAAGACCGACAGUUGAACUCUAAAAGUCCUUACAAUGGGUUGAGGAAAGAAAGUAAACAAAGCCGAAACAGUAGGAGUGUCAGCCAUUCAAGGUCACGAACAAGGUCAAGGUCCCGUUCGCCACGAAGACAUUACAAUAGAAGAAGCAGAUCCGGGACAUACAGUUCCCGGUCAAGGAGCAGGUCCCACAGUCACAGCGUGUCCCCUCGUCGACGUCACAAUCACACAUCACCACACAUCAAGUCAAAAUCUCAUCGCAGUGAGGAAACAAAAAUUUCUAUUAGGCAUGGUCACAAGAGGAAGAAAUCCCACAGUAGAUCACGUAGCCGUAGUAAAUCCAGGGACCGUUGUGACCUUGUGAAGAAACGACGGCAUGAGAAAGAGCACCAUAGGGAUAGGCAUGAGCGAUCACGCUCUUAUGAAAGAUCCCAUAAAAGCAAACAUCAUAGCAGUGGUCACUCAGGACACAGCAGGCAUCGUCGGUAGAUGCUAAGAGCUAAUUUAACAAUAAUGCCUAAAUCUAAUUACGUUAAAUGUGUAGUAUAAUGACUUGUAAAUGAUGCUUUUUUUAUAAAGGGUUUGU